GCCUACUUGGUAGCUUUAGCAAGAUGAGUUCAGGUAAAAAGAAGAAUGUUAUCGGAGACAGUCUUGGCUAUGGUAGUACAUAUAAUUCACAAAGUUCUUCAAAGAGUUCAACUUCAAAAGGAACAAAGAAUGUUAUCGGAGACAGUCUUGGCUAUGGCAGUACGUAUACUUCACAGAGUUCUUCAAAGAGUUCAACUUCAAAAGGAACAAAGAAUGUUAUCGGAGACAGUCUUGGCUAUGGCAGUACAUAUAAUUCACAGAGUUUUUCAAAGAGUUCAACUUCAAAAGAAACAAAGAAUGUUAUCGGAGAUAGUAUUGGCUAUGGCAGUACAUAUAAAUCCAAGUGAAUGUGUUGAAAAGCUUGCUGGUUCAUGUAGAGUGGGACCUAUGAUGGACCUGGGAGGGAAGUUUAGUGAGCGGAAGAUUCGAUCAUGUCUUUUUCCUUUUUUUUUUAAUGUAUUCGUGUCUUAUUUUUGUAUGAUGUUUGAUUUAUUAAUUGGAGACUACAAUAAUUUAUAUAACAAUCUCUAGAAGUUUAGUUGCAGCGAGGUUAGUUUGAGAAUCUUUUCCAUUAUAUAUAUGUAUAUUUUG